GCCACACCUGUCAUGUCUCUUUCUUUCACCUCCUUCUUUUCGCGCUCUUUGCCUGCAUUCUUUUGCCUUGAGAGCCAUGUCCACCCAUAACCAGGUGCUCGACCAGCUCUACGCCAAAUACGAUGGCGUGAUAGCCUCCGGCGAGCGCGUCCCCUUCGUGUAUCCAUGGGGUGCUUUUGGUGCUCUCCUCGUUCUUCUGUACCUUCUCGUUCCCCAUCACAACUCUCCCUUUCUCCGCCUUCUGAGAUACCCUGUUUGGGCGUUAAAUGCAUAUAUUUCUCUCUACACCAUCAUGCACUGUCGAGCGCGUAAUUCAGCACCAGCAUUCGGCGUCGGCCUCAUUUCUUCGUGGUCAAUACUCUGGACUGCAACAAUUAUGAUCGUCCACGAUGCGCAAAACGAUUUUCAGAGGAUCGAAAGGACCGAAGGCGCCGUGAGUUCCAGUUUGAAGAAAAUGCAAAAUGGCGGUCCCAAGCAGAUGCGAGGGCUGCGUCCCGUCACCACUAUCAAGGACAUCGACUAUGCCGCCGAACAAAAGAGACUAGGGACGAAAGCCGGGCCAACUCACCGGAAGGGCAAGUUUGCCUGGCAACACUACCCUCUUCAUCCAUUCGCCGAGCGUUUGGACUGGGUGGCAGACGUAUUCUGCAACUUCCGCGGAAUGGGAUGGAACUGGCGAAUUUCUGGCCUUGCUCCUCCGCCAGAAUGGGUUCAAAAAGAGUUGGCCGAGGAAUCGGGAGCUCAAAUCUCUGACAAGGACACGCAUUUGGGCGCGGAUGGGACCCACCGCUAUCACACUCGGCGAGAGUGUUUGCGAGCAGCCUUAAAGAGCUUUGUAGUCGGUUAUCUGACACUGGAUCUUCUCAAGGUAAUUGUAACUUUGGAUCCUUAUUUUUGGGGUCACAUUGAUUCACCGGCGCCCACUUGGCUGCCAGCUAUUGUCAGAUCGUCUCCUGUCCUGACUACAAUCUGGCGACUUAGCAUCAGCUUGGCCGCCGUCAAAACUGCUUUGGUUACCAUCUUCAGCAUGGGACCAUUGUUUUUCGUUGGACUCCUUGGCACUGACUGGAUCGGUGCGCGGGGCGAGCCUUGGAUGUAUCCAGACACGUACGGCAGCUUCAGGAUGGUCCUCGACAAAGGGCUAGCUGGGUGGUGGGGCGGUUGGUGGCAUCAGACCUUCCGUUUUGCAUUCGCAGCUCCCUCAAAGAGAAUUAUUGCGACACUGGGCAUGAAUCCAAAGUCGAUGCCGGCCCGCACCCUUCAGCUGAUCAUCGCUUUCACUCUCUCCGGCUGUCUUCACGCUAGCGGCAGUUACACCAUGGUCGGCCAUACGAAUCCUCUCACUGGCCCCUUUUCGUUUUUCUUUUCACAAGCCUUCGGCAUAAUGCUCCAGACAUUUCUGACUGGCAUCCUCACCAAGACUGGAAUCUUUCAGAAGACACCCAAGCUCAUAAGGCAGAUUGUCAACUUUUUCUAUGUUCAUGUCUGGUUUUACUACACAGGGCCGCUGCUAUGUGAUGACUUUGCAAGAGGUGGACUUUGGUUGUUUGAGCCUGUACCCGUCAGCCCGCUUCGUGCGCUUGGGUUCGGGGAUGCAGACUCCAAGUGGUGGUGUUGGGGUAUGAGGGAAGGAGCAGAUUGGUUUCGAUGGCAUACUGGAGAGCAUUGGUGGCAUAGCGGGCUAGCAACUUGAGGAUGGGAGGGUAAUUUGUCUUGUGCGCUCAACUAUAGAGACGGCCGAAUUCGUUAGAGACAUCUGUCAGAUGGGGGAGUUAGAGCCGCAACUGUUCCACAUUCCCGUCUACUUGUAUUUAUUAUUUUCCAUUUCAGUCAGUUUUCCAAGUUACUUUAUAUAGACUACAUCAAGAAGGUCGAUAUGAAUAAUUGGCAGCCUCGUCCCUUCAAAGCAUGCAUAUCCCUCCUUGAUUUCAAGUUCAUCUGUGACAACAAGAGAGGUUAUGGCGAUUGCCAUGCCUUCAGCAGGGAGAGAGACCCCGGUGAAUUAGACUUGGUAGGUGUUCCAUGGUCCUCUGCGUCACGUUUCUACCCUGUCUAUCGCCGGGCAAGUUACGCAACUCCCUCCCACUCUUGACCCGUCAUCGUACCACCAUCAACA